AUGGGAUGCCCCUCCAUCGCUUCUGUCCAUCGCUCGGAACAGUUCCGCGUAUCGCCUGAAGGUUCCAUUGAUGGGAAAACACGCGCAUGCCAUCAGAUUGUGCAGUCUAUGAUUAGAUCUCUUUCGAAGGGCGAGUCUGUUAAUCUAAAUGCGUUGAAAGCCUCGGUCUCUCACACUCUCAAGCUGGCAUCAAUGCCUCGCUUAGUGGAUAUUAUCGCAGCGAUCCCAGAAGAGCACAGAUCGGCACUUGUGCCUUUAUUGCGUGCUAAACCUGUUCGUACGGCUUCUGGUGUGGCCGUUGUCGCGGUUAUGUGCAAGCCACAUCGCUGUCCGCAUAUUGCUAUGACCGGAAAUAUUUGCGUUUACUGCCCUGGAGGCCCAGACUCUGACUUUGAAUACUCAACGCAAAGCUAUACAGGUUACGAACCCACAUCAAUGAGAGCUAUUCGUGCACGAUACGAUCCUUAUGAGCAGAGUCGCCAGCGCUGUGCUCAGUUGGCAGCGCUGGGACAUUCAGUGGAGAAAGUCGAGUUCAUCGUGAUGGGUGGAACUUUUAUGGCACUUCCAGAGGCAUACCGCGAGACAUUUAUUUCUCGCCUCCAUGAUUCGCUUUCGGGUAAUCAAAGCACUUCUCUGGAUGAGGCCAUCCAGCUUUCGGAACGAUCAGCCAUUAAAUGCGUAGGUAUUACCAUCGAAACGCGACCAGACUAUUGCCUGCGUGUGCACAUUUCCCAAAUGCUGCGUUAUGGCUGCACACGUCUAGAGAUUGGCGUUCAGAGUGUUUAUGAGGAUGUGGCCAGGGACACUAACCGUGGUCAUACGGUUCAGUCCGUAUGCGAGUCCUUCCAAAUGGCAAAAGAUGCAGGCUACAAAGUGGUCUCGCACAUGAUGCCAGAUUUACCGAACGUCGGCUAUGAGAGAGACAUUGCCCAGUUUCAUGAGUUUUUUCAAAACCCAUCCUUUCGGCCAGACGGACUGAAGAUAUAUCCAACACUAGUCAUUCGUGGCACUGGUCUAUAUGAGCUUUGGAAAUCUGGGCAGUAUCGUUCCUAUUCGCCUGAUACGCUGAUCGACCUGGUUGCCCGCAUAUUGGCAAUUACGCCACCCUGGACUCGAGUUUAUCGCAUCCAACGGGACAUACCCAUGCCACUUGUCACUUCUGGCGUGGAACAUGGCCAUCUUAGGGAGUUGGCUCUCCAAAGGAUGGCCGAUCUUGGGCUACGGUGUCGUGACGUGCGCACUAGAGAAGUGGGCAUCAAGGACGUUCAUGGAGAGCUUCCCACGAGCUCAAACAGCGAGCUUGAGCUUGUGCGGAGAGACUAUGUGGCCAGCGGCGGUUGGGAGACCUUUCUCUCUUAUGAAGAUGUAGCUUCCGAUACACUUGUUGGUCUACUUCGGCUCCGACUUCCCACUGCUCAGGGUACUUAUCGCCCAGAACUAGUAGCGGAACCAACUUCUCUGGUCCGAGAGUUGCACGUAUAUGGCUCAGUGGUUCCACUGACAGUCAAAGAUCCCCGCAAAUUCCAACAUCAAGGCCUUGGUACAUUGCUGAUGCGAGAAGCUGAGCGCAUUUCAAGAGAAGAGCAUCUUUCCACAAAAAUCGCCGUAAUUUCGGGUGUCGGCACAAGAGACUAUUAUAGACGACUGGGAUACCACCUGGAGGGACCAUAUAUGGUUAAGUCUUUGACAAUAGAUACUUGCUCCCACGCCAACUAA